UCGUGGACUUUGUUCUUCUCCUUUAUGAGGAAGUGUGUCUUCAGUGGAUGACGUUGACCUGCGUGUGGGAUUAAAAAAUCGUUUGGACUAAAUAAUAAAAAAAAAGAGACCUACCAUUUAACUGGCGGACGUCACAGUAUCGGGCUGUCGGCUCAACACCGAAGAUGUUCAGUCACUUUGGCAACGAUGACAACAGCAGCUACGCAGGAUCAAUUCAGUCCAAUGGAUACACGACCACAAAUCUGGACGAAGCGCCAUCACAGAUCCCAGAUCUGUCGAGGCCCAACGCAAAGUCAAUAUACUUACAGAGAAAGGCGUACGCAGCCUCUACCAACCAGAUGAUGGACAGCUUCCAGCACAGGGUGGAGCACCUGUACUCCUGCGACCUGGACGGGAAGGAGCUGAGAACCGUCUCCGACUGUAUGGAGCGUCUGAAGCUGCUGGAGGAGAUGGGACGAGUGUGGGGUCAGAACAUGCUGCUGGAGGUCCGAGGCCUUGACCUCCUGCUCACUGACACCGAAACCAAGGAGGAACUGGAGUCGUUCGCUCUCAGUGACAUCCUGGAGUUGAAGGCUGAUCUGGAGACUGGAAAGUUCAACUCCCUGCUCAUUAUUACAGUGAAGUCGGGGAGGAGGGGGGGCACCACUGUCCUCAUGUUCCAGUGUGAGGACAUGAAGGCUGAGCUUGUUCAGACAAACCUCUCACAAGUCAUUUCACGGAGGAGAGACAAUCCUCGUCUGUAUGUUUCAGAAGAGCAGAGCGGCUACACCGCUGCACAGACGUAUGAACCGAAGGACCAGAGACGUUCCGAUCAGUCGUGGACCAACGGCUACGAAGACGAGGACAAAGAGGAGGCUCCGUCCUUCAUCAGGAGAACACCUUCCAGUGAGAACCACCACACUCCUCCACAAGGGGGCAGCGACCUGGACAGGAGUGUGGACUUUUUAAACCAGACGCUGAAUGACGUUGAGCUCUUCGUGGCUCAAGUGUCCGCAGCAGCGGCUACAGAGAAGAAGAAAAAGAAGAAAAAUAAAAAAGUGAGUGGAAUGCCUCCGACAGAGGAAUUUGCCGUUUGUUUCCAGAAGAUCAAAUGUGGAUUCAACCUCCUCGGGGAGCUGGAUGGAAGGAUCAAUAAUCCCUCUGCUCCUGAAUUUGUCCACGCGCUCUUCUCAAUUCUGGCUUUUCUGAUACCUCACUGUCCAGAGAAUCUGCCAAAGUCCAUCGUUUCACCAAAGCUGACGCCUCAGUGCGUCCAUCUGAUACGUGAGGAGGUGUCCGCAGAAGAGCGCCACCUGUGGCAGUCCCUGGGAGACGCAUGGAUAAACCUCGACGAGUGGCCACAGUACGACCAGGACGACCUGUCGUACACUCAGAGGUUCUCCGAUGAUUGGCAGCAUCCUGGAGACACGGCAGCAGAACCAGAGCUGAGUGGACCAGAGAGAAGACCGGAGAGAAGACCGGAGAGAAGACCAGAGAGAAGACCAGAGAGAAGACCGGAGCCUGCAGUCAGACAGACCUCGACCAGCUGGUCUCCUGAGUAUCAACCACCGCCACAACAACAACCACCACGGUCGUCUGAAGAUUCCAAACGUGAACGCUACGUUCGAGUGCUUUACGAUUUCACUUCCAGAAACAACAGAGAACUGACCGUCACAAAAGGAGAAAUAGUUGAGGUACUGGACACAUCCAGGCAGUGGUGGAAAGUGAUGAACAGCAGCGGAGAGGAGGGAUAUGUUCCCAACAACGUCCUUCAGACGGACGAACCAUCUCACAAGAUGAUUGGUUCUCCUUUCCUCACUCGAAACUCUAAACCUCCGGAGGUCAGAGCUUGGCUGGAAAACCAAGGCUUCAGUAAAAUCACCGUGCGGUGCCUGGGCGUGCUGAGCAGCUCCAUGCUGCUGGGAAUGACCAGAGAGGAGCUGAAGCUGGUGUGUCCGGAGGAAGGAGGACGGGUUUUCCAUGAGUUACAGGCUGUCAGGUCCAACAUGGCUGUGAGUGACUGAGCAGAGCUGAGAUUCACUGUUACCACGGCAACAACAGAUACAAGCACAAACACAAGCUGCUCUCUGUCCAGUGACGGCGGCCUGGUGGUGAGAGGGAGAGGGAGAAGAUGGAGGAGGAGGAUGAGGAAGAGGAGGAAGAGGAGGAGUUUAUCAUUAAGCUACAAAAAUUCAAAGUGUCAAAUCCCAUUUCCUGUCAAGUGUGGAUCCAUGUUCUUACCUUUGAGGAUUAUUUACACUUAUUAAUAUAAAGUCAAUUGAUUAAAGUCAGACUAAUCACAGGGCAGUUAUGAUUUUUUUUUUUAAGUUAACCGAACACAGAAGCUAAUGAUUCUCAUGUUGAGCUAACAGUUAAUCCUGCACUGCAGUCGUGUGUUAAUAUUUAAGUCAAUAUUUCCGUGUAAAUACCAGUCAGUCAAACAGCCAACAGUUAAUGAACUAACAGGCUGUGAGUGAACAUGCUUUAUUUUUAUUGAAUUUUCUUUUUAAACAUUACAUGUGAAUAUUAUCAGAGGCAUUUUUUAAAUCGUCAACACUGUCGAUCCAGUCAGGCAUUGAAGUGGCUACAGAUCCAUGAAGGCUCAAAUUAUUUAUACUGAAAAAUAAAAACUUCAUCAUCAAAGAAAAAAGGAGAAAGGUAUCACUUAAAAAAAAAAACACACUUUAGAUUAAAAUCCAACAUGAAAACGAUGAACAAUGACUGUGAUGUACUGUACGCACACAGACAGAAAUAAAGUAAAUAAAA